AUGCUAGAUACCUACGAUUAUACUAUCGCCGAUUGGAAAGACGACCUGUCCAGAAUCCAGGCCAAAGGGGUUGACGCCGUUGCGCUGAACAUCGGUCGGAGCGAGUGGCAAAAAACGCAAGUCCAACUUGCCUAUGACGCUGCCACAUCCCUUGGCUCAAGCAUCAAACUCUUCUAUUCCUUCGACUUCACCGAGAUGGACUGCACGCUCUCCGACUUCGUGUCUCGCGUCAACAAAUACAAGAACCAUCCCAGCCAGUUUAAGGUCAACGGCAAGCCGAUGAUAUCGAGCUACUCGGGCGACUGCUUAGGGAAUUCGGGAUGGGCGAGCCUCAAGACUCAGACAGGUGGCUACUUGAUGCCGUUUAUUUGGGGUCUGGAAGGGAAAUUCAACCAGUGGUCAUCUUUGGAUUCGUGGUACUGCUGGGGAUGCGCAUGGCCACAAGGCAAUCACGCAAAGACUACCAGCGAUGAUCAAUACUAUAUCAACCAACUCGGGAGCCGUUACGCGACUACCAUCAGUGGUUGGAUGUAUACGCACUUCAGCUAUAAGAAUUUCUACCAGCGCGGCGAUGAUUGGCUCAUCGUUAGUCGGUGGGAGCAACUGAUGUCCAUGCGUAAUACCCUGACCUUUGUUGAAAUGGUUACUUGGAAUGACUGGGGCGAAUCUGACUACUUCGGGCCGGUGAAAGGCGCACAGCCUGAUGGGACCACAUGGGCGUCUAACUUCCCACAUACCGCGUGGUACGACUUGUCCGAAUACUACAUCACCGCGUUCAAGACGGGAAGUUACCCUGCCAUUACGAAAGAUGUGAUUUACUUCUGGGCACGGCCCCACCCCGCUAGAGCGACUGCGUCGGGGGACAGCAUCGGAAAGCCGACGGGUUGGGACUGGACUGAGGACUCGAUGUGGGCUGUUGUGUUCGCCACGUCAUCUGGUACCGUUACCCUCAGCUGCGGGAGCUCAUCGAAUACAUUCAGCGUCAACGCUGGUGUUACGAAGCUUAAGAUCCCCCUUUCCCAGGGAAAAAUGGCUGUGCAGAUGAAGAGGAAUGGGCAGACCAUCAUCAACUAUUCGCCCAGUGAUUACACUUAUGCAUUGACUCCUGUCCUCUAUAAUUAUAACGCUUGGGUUGGGUCCGCAACUGCCACAGGGGGGAAUGCACCUCCAACAUCAAGCUCAACCACUUCAUCCUCUUCGACCUCGGCCUCGUCAACAACGACUUCGACCUCAGCCACAACUACCGCAUCUCCGACCCCCACACAAGGCUUCCAAUAUGUUGGCUGCUACAAAGACGACAGUUCACGUGUCAUCUCGAACGGGCCGUUCACCGACAGCGCGCAGACGGUCGCCAAGUGCUUGACACGAUGUGCCGGGUAUGCUUACGCCGGCGUCGAGUAUGGCGUCGAAUGUUUCUGUGGGGCUUCACUACGUUCGGAUGCUGAGAUCGCAUCGGAGAGCGAGUGUUCAAUGCCGUGUGCGGGAAAGAAUGACGAGAAGUGCGGUAAUGGCCAUCGAAUCAACGUCUACAAGGCUGUCAGUACCGCAUCGACGACGACGACAACCUCGACGUCAACUAGCACGACUACUAGCGCCUCUGCAACUGCUACGAGCUGGUCGUCUUAUGGUUGUGUUGCGGAAGGCACGACUGGUAGCCGCCGUGCCUUGACAGGACCGAGCUACUCUCAAUCCAAUAUGACACCAACAAUAUGCCAGAGUCUCUGCUCAGGAUACCAAUACGCUGGAGUUGAAUAUUCACGUGAAUGUUACUGCGGCAAUUCACUCACCGACAACGGAGCCACUGGCACCACCAUCCCGUCCAGCAACUGCCAGAGCACUUGCGCAGGCGAUGCGUCCCAGAAAUGCGGUGGCUCAUGGUCGAUGAACGUCUACUCUAAGUCCACCUCAACGCCGCCUUCCGCUUCAUCCUGGACAAGUGCAGGAUGCUACAUUGACGCGUCGACGCGUAUGCUCCGCGGUUACGCAACUUCUCAGACGGGCUUGACCACGGAGACCUGUAUCAACAUUUGCUCGACCGCUGGAUUCACGAUGGCUGCAACGGAGUAUGGGAGGGAGUGCUAUUGCGGCUCACAGCUGCUUAAGGAGGACGGAGGGGGUGUAUCAAUUGCUGCGAGCCAGUGUAACAUGCCUUGUGAAGGAAACUCAGCGCAGACCUGCGGUGCGGGUUGGCGUGGAAACCUUUACCUCAAGCCUGGCACGACGAUAUGA